GUGAACACAGACACACACAGACGAGAUUGUUACUAAAUAUUCGAAAAUACAAUUUUCACACAAAUUAAAAAAGAAAAAUGAUUUGUAGAUUGUGCUUAGGUAAAUCAGAAGAGUUUUUAGAAAUCUUUGCGGAUGAUGGUAAAAUAGUCGAGGGAGAAGUCGUAGAGGUCAUAGAGAAUCAUUUCAAAAUUCUGGUUCAAUUCAACGAUAAUGUUUCUAAUAAAAUUUGCGUUGGUUGCUGGCAGUAUCUUAAUGAAUUCCAUCAAUUCUGGUUAAGCAUUAAAAAGAAGCAACAAACACUGCAAAAGGACUUGGCUCCUGCACGAAUAAAAAACGAUAAUGCAACUGCAUCUGAGCAAAUAAAUUCAACAUUUGAAUAUCAAAAUUCUACAUUGUGUGAACCUGAGCUGAUUAUAAAUGAUAUAAAAAAGGAAACAGAUGUAUCUGCCGAAGUGGAAAUGGAUGUUGCGAUGAAUGAUGACUCGUUACUGCUUCCUUUUGAUGCCAUGUCUCCUCCAAAGAAAUCUCCCGCGGCUAAGAAAACCGAUAAUAAUGUGGUACUGCAAGCCAUCAAAUCUUGCAUUAUCGAUGAAAAUGCAAUCCGUAAAAGUGCGAGAGAGCAUGGUAUAAACGACAGGACCUUAUCGCGAUACGUACAGAAAACGAAAGAUAAUUUUGAAGAUAUUUCGAAAGUGAAAGAUGAGGAUUUGUUGGAAUUCAUUCGUGUUGUUGGUACAAGAACUCCAUCAAACAUGGUUUUCUCUCCAGCUCAAGAAAAAGAACUCGUUGGAUACAUCCUGAAGUGUGUCACUCACUACUAUGGUUUGAGCAUCAAUGAAUUGAAAGAGCUGGCGUACCAGUUUGCAAGGAAGCUGUCUCUUAGGUACCCACCUGAAUGGGAUAACGAUUGUAAAGCGCAUCGUAAGUGGUACAUACUCUUCAUGCAACGGCAUAGCGAACUGACGCUCAGAACACCGGAGCAAACAUCCAUGAACCGAGUCAAAGCUUUCUGCAAACCUAAUGUAGACAAGUUUUUCGCAAAUUUGUCUCGGUUAAUCGAUGUACACAACUUUGACAAUUGUUCCAUCUAUAAUAUGGAUGAAAGUGGGUUUUCCACUGUGCCAACAAAAAUUGGAAAAGUCAUCGCUAUGAAAGGUGUGCGGCGUGUGGGAAAACUAGAAUCUGCCGAGCGAGGAACCAUGGUGACAAUGGCUCUCACUGUUGGUGCGAAUGGCGAUUCAGUCCCGCCGUUCUUUUUAUUUCCAAGCAAGAACAUGCAAUCAACUUUUUUGGACAAUGUUUCUCCUGGUACUGCUGGAUUUGCGAAUGAUUCUGGCUGGAUGUGCCAGCCAGAGUUUGUCCGAUACAUUCGUCAUUUCAUCAUGUUCCUGAAACCAUCAAAGGAUCAUCCGGUGCUGCUGUUGAUGGACAACCACGUUUCGCACAUGUCGGUGGAAGCUCUCGACAUUGCAGCUGCAAACGGUGUCCAUAUCUUGUCUUUCCCGCCUCACUGCAGCCACCGUCUACAGCCACUGGAUGUGUCCGUAUUUGGCCCAGUGAAGACUUACUAUAAGUCACAAUGUUCCGCUUGGCAAAAGAACAAUGCAAAUAAGGUUUUGGAAAUUCGACACAUUGCUGGGCUUGUGUGCGCUACAUUGGAUUUGGCUUUAACGCCAAAAAUAAUUAAGGCGGGCUUUGCUGCAACGGGCAUUGCUCCAUUCAAUCCCGACAUCUUCACAGACGCCGAUUUUGUUCAAGCUGUUGCACAAAAUGAGGAACAAGUUGCUUUUGAUGCUGGAAUCACCGAAGAUGACCAGCGACGCAUCGUUUUGGACAAUACUAUGGAUAUAGGACGCGGAGAAGAGGUGCUAACAUCCGAACACUCUACCUCGCGAUCCCGAUCUCUAAUGUCAUUGGUGACCAGCAGUUCAUCGAUUUUGGAUGAGAUUGGUCCUCUUCAGGCUGCUGCUCCAAAAAAGCCUUCGAAUCGUGGACGAAAGCCAAUGCAAAGUGCUGAACUGACCUCUCCUGAAAAUCAAGCUGUUUUGAAGGAAAAGGCAGCAGCAAAAGCAGCCAAAGGGGCGAAGAAGCCAACACCGCAAAAGCCAACACCGAAGAAGGCAACAACGAAGCGAGCAACACCGGACAACACCAAGCGAGCAACACCAUCACGAGCGGCCAAGCGCGUCAAACCAACAUCACCACCAUCUGAUGAAGAAACAGAUUUUUGCAUCAUUUGCUUAAAGCUGUUGCCGCUGAAAUUGACCGCUGCCAACUCGAUCAAUUGCAACGUAUGCAAGCGUCCAGUUCAUUUGAAGUGCGCCAACAUGCAGGCAAGUUAUUUCACUUGCAAACACUGCGAAAGUGACGUGGACGACGACUAGGAAUAUUUAGAUGACGAUGAUGAAUAAAAAUCGUUGUCAUUUAUGGCCAUUGAAGGACAUUUUCUUUUGUAUUUUUCAUUAUUUUUGCC